CACUUUUCGCACCAAAGAACGUGUCUCUUCCUGAGCGGUAUGACGGCUGCAUGGUCCCAUGGUGUUUAUACUCGCGCAUUGUUUGUACAGAUGAACGUGAUACCUUCAGGCAUUUGGAAGUUGCUCCCAAGGAUGAAACAGACUUGUGGAGGUCUACAUUUUUUUUUCAGAGGUCUUGGGCUGAUUUUUUAAAAUUUUGCGAUGAUAUCAAGCAAAGAGGCACUGCGUUUGAAGUGUCCAAAACACUGCUCCACCAUUCGUGGAAGAGGAUUGCAGUUCAACUUCUGUGGUGUAUGGUGGCUGGGUCUAACAUGAUGCCCGGCCAGAUCCUUGACCCCUCCCUGACGGCCGGCUCCUUGCCCAGCCUGGGCCCACUGGCGGGCAUCUCUGCCACUACGCUCACCGACCAGCUCAAACUGGCGCAGGACUUCAGGAACCUGGGCGCCAUGUUGUCACCACUGCAUUUCCUGGGACGGCUGGGCAAGAGGCCGCUCACUGCUAUCAAGGGAGAGAUGGACGAGGACGAUGAGCGGAGGAGACGGAGGAGAGAUAAGAACAAAGUGGCAGCAGCACGAUGUCGGAACAGGAAGAAGGAGAGAACGGACUUCCUCCAAAGGGAGUCGGAGCGUUUGGAGGUGGUGAACACUGACCUGAAGUCUCAGAUUGAGGAGUUGAGGAUGGAGAGACAGCAGUUAAUGGUGAUGCUCAACCUCCACCGCCCCACCUGCAUCGUCCGCACCGACAGCGUCAAGACCCCCGAGAGCGAGGCCAACCCCCUGCUAGAACACCUGGCUGCCGAAAAGCUGACCGCAUCCAAAUGAAACCACAUGGGGAAACAAGAAACCGAAGGUCGGGAAAGAUAGAUCCGCCAAAAAAAAACCAACUGUCAUCAUCGUCAUGAAUGGUGGCCAUUUUGGAAAAAUUCUAAAAUCAACUGCCGUUUUUUGUUGUUGAAGCACAUACAGUAUGUACUGUCUUGACCUCAAAGCUGGAGACUUGUUGAGACUCUUGUCUGUCUUUGCCCAAAGACCUGUUUUUUUUAUUUUUAAUUAAGGUUCCGUUGCCUCGGUAACACCUUGGUAAUGUUACCCGAGUGGGCUCUUGAGGGAAGAGGGAACCCUACCCUAGUCAUCAGCCUGGCUCUCUGCCUUACGCCCAACUCAGUUCUCUCUGCAUCAUAAUAAGUGUGCUGUUUGUUCUGAAACCCAGUCAAGUUCCCUUCAGUUUACUUACUGCAUCUAACCAUCAUUUUACAAUAAAGGACAAAAUAGAAGAAGGUAUAAAGUGGAAACUAUAAUGUUGAACAGGAAACACUAAAGGUCAAUCAUUCUAAUGCUCUGUUACUGGCACUUAUCAGCACUGAGACAAACAAAGGGGCUGUUGUUUUUCAUACUCUAAACCUGUAUAACGGUAGAGAUACACAGUUGUAAACCAGCCAGUGUACUGUAUACCACCUUUACAUAUACAGCUGUAGUAAUAUUCUAGGAUCUGUCCAUUACAUACAUUCAAUUUAUACUAAGUUGGAACAUAAAGUUGUUUUUGUAUUCUAUAUUACAAUGCUAAAAAAAAAAAUCCUCUGCCUUGACGACGGCAGUAUUUCGGUUGAUCCGAUUUGUGGUGACGCUGGCGUCAUAAAUUAAAAGCACAUAUAAAACUAUACGAAAUAAUGUUUACACUCCUGUUUAUAAAAAAAAAAAAAAAGGCAUUGUUACGUCAAUGUCUUGUCUUGCAAUGUGCUUAUUUUAUACCGCUCUUUAUAUAUAUAUAUAUAUAUAUAUGUAUCAUUGUGAAAUGUUCUGCAUUCUAAUCACUUGAUGUGAUUUAGCAUUUGUACAUCUGUCAGUCUGUCCAGUUCUAUUUUUCUAUAUGAAUAAUUACGCCGUUUAGCAGCUGUGAAAAGAAUAAUUGUUCAGUUAACAGCUGGGCAAUAUCUCUCAAUGACUUAUGUAUGACUUUCUUACCCCCCCCUCCCUCAUAUAUAAAUUAUAUUUGUCAAACUA